AUGGUUCUAGCCACCAAUUCGCGGUGCCUGGCGUACCAUGGUCCGCUGCUCUACGAAGCAAAGAUCCUCAUGUCUUACGACCCCUCCAAACGCGGCUCUAAGGCCAAGGUGGAGGACGGGCUUCCGCCCACGGUUGAGAUCGGAAACGUGGUCAACACUCACAAGCGCAAGCGGGGUCCUCGCGCCUCUCUUCCUGCUGCGGGCGCAACGCCCGAUGGAGACGACUCCAACGACAAAAACCGACACUUUAGUCCAAAGGAAGGGAAACCUGACGUGCCCGCAGAUCUGGCCGACGAAAACGAGGACAAAAUCUGCUACUACGUGCACUACAAGGGCUGGAAAAACACGUGGGACGAGUGGGUCGGCGAGGAGCGGGUACUGGCUCUCAACGAGGACAACAUCAAGCUACAGAAGGAGCUCAAGGCUGCGGCUCUAGCAGCGGCCAAGAAGGGCAAGGAUUUUGACGCCCUGGCUCCUCCCGAGGCGCUCAGUGAAACGGCCUCUCCGGCACCAACCACAAAGCGCAAAUCCAUGGCAUCAAAGGACUCUCCUGCUGAGGGACCCCGUCCCGUGAAACGACGAGGGGGACUCGCUGCCCUGGAGGACCUCGAGAAGGAAGACGACUAUCUAAAACGCAAGGAAAUUGCGCUUGUUGUGCCCGACAAGCUCAAGGCCCAGCUGGUAGACGACUGGGAGUUUGUCACCAAGGACCACCAGCUUGUCGGCUUGCCCCGGAAGGUGACGGUGGUGGACAUUCUCAAGGAAUUCAAAAAGGAGGCGGAGGCCAAAUAUAGACCUGGCUCUGCCGACGCCGAUAUUCUCAACGAGGUGGUGUCGGGAAUCAAGCUCUACUUUGAUCGCUCGCUGGGCUCAAUCUUGCUCUACAGAUUCGAGCGAGAGCAGUACCUACAAAUCACCCAGAGCCCAGACCACUCCAACAAGACCAUGAGCGAAGUCUACGGCGCGGAGCAUCUGCUGCGGCUGUUUGUGUCGCUCCCGGGGCUCAUUGCUAUGACCAACAUGGAUGCCCAAAGCGUGGCGGUGCUCAAGGAGCACUUGGAGGACUUUGUGCGGUUUCUGUCGACCCACCAGAAAACGUACUUUUUGAAGGAGGCUUACACAAAUGCUUCGCCCGCAUACGAGGCUCUGUCCAAGGGUCUUUAG